ACGAUUAGUACAUUAUACAAGUGCUGCUAUUCCUGAUCGAGUGUUGUUCCUUAUUCAAACUCCAUGAAAGUUUAUCAUGUGGCAGACAUCAGUUCAAUGGAUUUUCUUUUUCUGCAUCAUUUCAGCUGUUUGGGCUAAUCCACGGCCAUCAGAGUCGUCGGAAGAGAAUCUUCUUGACAAUGACGAAGACGUCGUCAAUCACAUUGAUAGCCAUGACAACGACAUCGUUCAGAACAGCGUCAAUGUUUGUGUGCUGCCUCCCAUCAGCCAAUCGCCGUACCAACGACGUUGCAGCGGAUUCAUUCCGCGAUGGUAUUACGACACAAAAACGGGCGUUUGCAAGAAAUUCUUCUGGGAGGGCUGCUGGAGCACUGGCAAUUUAUUCCGAAAUGAAUUCGCCUGUCUGGCUAGAUGCAACAAACAAGGAUUGCAGAAAUUGAUCAACGAAAGCGACCCGACAGCUCCGUGCUUGCAACCGAAAGCCGUUGGCAAUUGUCACGCCUCGAUUUUGAGCUUCUUUUUCGACACGCAAACUGGGAAAUGCACGUCUUUCGUGUAUUCAGGUUGCGGUGGCAAUGCAAACAACUUCCAAUCGUACCACCAAUGCGAUUUCAAGUGCAAUCGGUUAGAGCAAGCACCGCUCACGCUACCGCAUUUAGCCGAUUCGACCACCAUUAGUGCCACCGCUACUGCUCCAGAGAAAGCCGUCCAGCUGACGAAACGAGAGAAAUGCAACUUGCCUCCUGUUCAACCGGGCAGUGCGAGUUGUUUGGCUUUCGUUCCGUCGUGGACUUUCAAUUCGACUGUUGGCCAAUGCCAGAGUUACGUGUACGAAGGCUGCGGUAGAACGGCUAACCUGUUCAACUCGCUGGACGAAUGCGAUACAGCGUGUGGUCCUGAACCCAUCGUUCAAACGAGCAGUUUGCCUUUGUGUUUGCAACCGAAAGUCGUUGGGCAUUGUCGGGAAGCCUUGCCGAUGUUCUUUUACGACGCCACGACGGGGAAAUGCACGCGGUUCAUUUACGGCGGAUGUAAAGGCAAUGACAAUCGAUUCGUCACGGAAGAGGCCUGUAAACUGGCAUGUCCAGGCUCGAACGAUUGGGUAGUUUCCGAUCAGCUUUCGGUUUCUGGCGAAUCGCAAGAGACUUAUUAUAAGUAAAACUAUCGUGCAGCAUUAAUUUCAAUCUAAUUUUUUUUUUUUUUUUUAUUAAUAAACCCGUUUCACAAG